AUGAUUUUGAUAAUUUUUGUAUUUUUCUUGAUUCCAAAUCUAGUUUACAAAGUGGAAUGUCAAAACGAAACAAACUUUCUGAAUGAUUAUGGUCACUAUGCUGAUAGUCGGAUGAGAGCUAUUGGUGAAUAUUUUAGUGAUUUGAUGGGUUGCGGAGCUGAAGGAUGGUGUGCAUUCAGAUGUUGUCCCACGGAAAGACAACAUAUGUCAAGAACCAAUCAAGCACCUCGUCGUGUAUACCCUAAUCCAGUCUUUGGAAAUGCUAGAAAUCAGCAGAGGACCGGAUCUUCUAGGGGAGGGGUGAAUCUGAACAGAUACCCAUAUGUGAACCGUAAUCCAGCAGUCCGCACAACAACAGCUGCAUCUCUUUUGAAACAGUGUGCAAAUGCAUGUAUGCCACAGUGUACGCCACGUUGUCUUCAGAGAUACAAUCAAAUUGUAGCCUCGUUCAUGAAUUCCUUGACAGCAAUAGAUGUAAUGGGACAACCUGUUAAUGAAGAACCGAGAAAAAACAUUCGGUUUUCGCCGAAAAAGUCAAUUGAGUGUCGUGAUGAAUGCAUGCCAUAUUGCACUCCACAGUGUUUGGAUGCUUAUUCCACAGCUGAAUUGAAUUUAAAACCCAAAGUCUGUAAAGCAGUUUGUAUGCCGGACUGCACAGAAGAAUGUGUCACCGCCCCUCCACUUAUGGUCCCCUGUAUCUUUGAUAACGUUUGUCAUUGCCCUGCGGGAUACGUGAGAUGCAGUGAAAUGACAUGUUGUAUGAAAUACAAAACUAUGGCAGUCAGAUAUAGAAAUAGAAUGACAUCAAUGAGUUUCAGUGACGAUGACGAGAAUGAACCCAAAAGCACUGGAAAUGAAACAUCAGUAUACAUGUCAGAGCUGAGAAAUAUGGGAGGAGGUGCACCUGCGGCGAUUAAAUCAACGACUAUCUCCAUGAGAACGUUACCAAACAAUAGUUCCAUUGUAUACUACCCAGAGCAAGGAAAAGCUGAAAUUCUGAAAAAUGAUGGAAGUGUAGUUGUCGAAGUUAUGGAAUCCGCACAAGCCACCGAGCUCGACGAUAAAUAA